GUACUUAUUGAAUUCAGCAUUCAGUCGAUCUAAAUGUUCGGCAAUUUCUUCUAAGAUACAUUCCUCACAGCCAACUGUCUUCUCCGCUUUCAGAUCGGGGGGGGUUUCAUUUAGUUUUCUCUCAGAAUGAAUUUUUCCCCUUCGCGGCAUCGGUAGCACAUAACCUGCCUCCAACGGUCGUGCAGUGACUAGUUUUAAACAACAGGGCUACACAGAAGAACAGAGAAAAGGGAAAAUAUACAGCAUAAAACUCAUUGGAGAUCAACAAACGGACAAUCAAGCCAACGUUUCAUUCUUCAACGGAGAAAAACAGGUAGAAAGAAAGAAGGAUGUCGGCACGAGGGGGGAAGAAGAAGACCACCAAACUUUCCCGGUCUUCCCGGGCAGGAGUCAUCUUUCCCGUGGGGAGGAUGAUGAGGUACCUCCGGACAGGGACUUACAAGUACCGGAUCAGCAUGGGUGCCCCCGUCUACAUGGCAGCUGUCAUAGAGUACCUGGCAGCUGAGAUCUUGGAGCUGGCCGGGAAUGCAGCGAGAGACAACAAGAAAGGAAGAAUAACUCCACGUCAUAUCAAGCUCGCAGUAGCCAACGACGAGGAGCUCAACCAGCUCCUACGGGGGGUGACCAUAUCGAACGGUGGAGUGUUACCCCGAAUUCACCCCGAGCUCCUGUCCAAGAAGAGGGGCGCGCGGGUGAAGGUGGACACCCAGGUGACCGUGCCGGAGAAGAGGCCGGGCCGCCCCAAGAGCAGCAAGAAACCUGUCGCCAAACGAGCCAAAGGGAAGCCAGGACGCAAGUCAAAGAAAAUUGUGGAAAACGACAAAGAAGUAGCCACCAAUUCCACACCAGAAGACGGGCCAGGAGAAGGUUUCCCAAUCCUCUCAGCAAAGAGCUUGUUCCUGGGGCAAAAGCUUUCUUUAACGGAGAGCGAAAUCAGCAAAAUCGGAUCCAUCCAAGUAGAGGGCAUCAUCAACCCUACAAACGCAGAGAUUGACCUGAAAGAAGGCGUAGGCAAUGCCCUGGAAAAGGCAGGUGGAAAAGAGUUUCUGGAGUCUGUAAAGGAAGUGCGGAAAUCGCAGGGGCCGCUGGAGGUUGCUGCAGUCGCAGUCAGCCAAGCCAGUGGAUUGGCAGCCGAGUUCGUGAUCCACUGUAACAUCCCCCAGUGGGGCUCGGAGAAGUGCGAGGACCAGCUGGAGAAGACCGUGAAGAACUGUUUGUCGGCCGCUGAGGAGAAGAAGUUGAAAUCGGUGGCCUUCCCCUCGCUUCCUGCCGGCCGGAGUGGCUUUCCUAAGCAGACUGCAGCCCAGCUGAUCCUCAAGGCCAUCUCCAAUCAUUUUGUGUCUGCAACAUCCUCUUCCCUUAAGAACAUCUACUUUGUACUGUUUGACAGUGAAAGCAUCGGCAUUUACCUUCAGGAAAUGGCCAAAAUGGACACCAAGUAAAGCUUUUUAUUUUUAUUUUUUUAAACGAGUGUAAUACUGUUUCAGGUGGAUUUUUUGCAACUGGUAUAGUGAGGUUCCAAGGAUUCUGUUAGUAGUUUUUUUUCCAACAAAGGUAGAUUUUUGUGUGGGAGGGAGGGGGGGAUGUGAGUGAAUUACUGUCUGCAUUUACAUUGCACUGUUUUCUCAAAUGAUUGCGUCAUAUAGAAUAGGUUAAUUCAUUGGGGCUUGUAAUUUUUUUGCUUUGACCCAUUUGUUUUGACAUUCCAUGUAAAAAGGCUUUUGAAAUGACCCUUGUUUUAUCCCCUGGAUUUCCUCUGUAGUUUCUGAUAAUGUUAGUUUACUAAGAAAAACGUGUUUCUCAUUCUGGUUUGAAAUAAACCAAAUGUUUUACACCA